GGUGGUUCUUCCAGGUGCGCGGGGAUCUGCUCGUACGAAGGGAGGGGCGGCAUGUGCUCCAUCCGCCUCAGCGAGCCGCUCCUGAAGCUGCGACCCCGGAAGGACCUGGUGGAGAUAUACCACACCUUCCACAACGAGGUGGACGAGUACCGGCGCCAUUGGUGGCGCUGCGAUGGGCCGUGUCAGUUCCAGAAACCCUACUACGGCUACGUGAAGCGUGCGACCAACAGGGCUCCCUCCGCGCACGACUACUGGUGGGCUGAGCACCAGAGCACCUGCGGGGGCACCUACAUCAAAAUCAAGGAACCGGAGAACUACUCCAAAAAAGGCAAAGGAAAGACCAAGCUCGCAGCAGCGGAGAAUAAAGAUAAAACGAACGGAGUUGUGCCGUUCAGCGGGAGAGGCCGUGUCCUGGGAGAAACCAACAACCUCCUGCCCUCCGGGAGGCUCCCCACUUCACCUGCUAGUAAAACCCAGGACCCCGCAGGUCCAGACCACUCGGCAAGUGCUGGGAGGCAGAAUGCGAAAACGGAGGCGAAAUCUGAACAGAACGGUUCCAGGAAGAAAACGGCCUCCCCUGUGCUGAACACCGGUCGCCAGAACGUGGUCAGCAACUACUUCCCCCGAGCGUCCGUGGCCAACCAGAAGGCAUUCAGGAGCGUGAGCGGGUCCCCCACGAAGGGCGACACGGGGAAGAGCCCUGCCUCCGCUUCUCAGAGAAGGACUUCCUCCUCCAAGGCCGCCCUCCGGAACUCGCUCAAAGCGGAGGCGACGGCGACUGCGUCCCGGGCCGAAGCCGAACCCCCCAGGAAACGGGGCCGGCGGGAAGACAAGACGGUUUUUGAGAAUUUUUUCAUCAAGAAAGAGAAGACACAAAGCGGUGGCGGCGAUCCCCAGUGCAGCUCCCGCCCUGCGGCUGCAGCACCGAGUUCCGGCAGCUCCACCAGCUCCACCAGCCAGAGCCAAACGGUGGCGUGUCCGGUGUGUCAGAGUGAGGUGCUGGAGGCUCAGAUUAACGAGCACUUAGAUGUGUGCCUUGAAGGCGAGAGCAGCGAAGUCAAAAGAAGAAAUCUUUAGAAAAAGGAAUGGGUCUCACACACCAGCAGUGUGACCUCACCAUUCGUGUCAGUCACUCAGGAAGUUCUGGGAAAUGCUAAGACGUGUAGGGUAUAGUCUAGCUGUAGUCCCCAACAGAUGUUCUAUUUUACAUAUACCUACGACACUGUAAUGUAAAAUAUUUGUCGAAGGUGCUAUAUUUAUAUUCACUCGUGACUUACGUAUACUGCAGCCCAGCGCUGCGUGUUUACAUGCAUAGUUUUCAGGUACUCUUCUUUCUUGCUCUUAAAGGUUUUAAAUAUUUUAAUCUUUUUGUGUACUUCCCUCAAAAUAUUUAGUGAGGAAUUAAAUAUUUGGUUAAAUUGAGUAUUUAUUAAUAUUAAAACUCAUUCCUAGUACUGUUCAUGUGUAUAGUGUCAAGCAUAUUGACCAAAACACAAUCUAGAAUACAAAGUUAGCUGCGUUAGGGUACUCAAGGUUAUUUAAAAAACUUCUUAGAUUUUUUCCUCCCAAAUCUUAACAGGAAAUACAUUUUAUAUACUUGAAUUUUAUUUAUUUGACUUUGGUGGUAACUGAUUUUAGGUGAAAGUAGAUUUCUUUUGGAGUAUUACUAGUCAAAUAGCCACUAUAAUUUUCUAGGCCAGAGUUUAGUUUUUUCAAAAUUUAGCAAAAUGAGUGGCUAAAACUUGGUGCUAAGUAAUUAAUAUAUAUAACACAGCAGAGUUAGUUGCCUAGUUUAUGUGACAGUGAACCAUUGUCUGAAAGUAUCAGUAUUACGCUAUAAGCCAAAGUUGAAACCAUUGUAAUAAUAGGAAUUAUUUAGCAAAGGAAUAUUUUAGUGAAGGAACCUACUUUUAUCCGUUUACUUCUGUCUCCUGGCUAGUCCUCCAGCAUAUUGGCAUAUUCCUAAGACGUGAGUUCCCAAGUUUUCUUUCUUCUGAAUUUGGGUGCAACAUGACGUGUGUGUACAUGAGGCGCAGAGAUCCUCGGGGUGAAGCUGGGGUCCUGGUGGUGCCUUUACCCGGCUAACACCCAGGCUCCCCGAACGUGACCACUGUUUUCUUCUCUCACCACAGGUUAGUUUAGCUCGUUUCUGAACUUCAUAAAGUAACACUUUGUUGAUAUGUGUAGCAUAAGUUCAUUCUUUUUUAAAAAAUUGCUCUGUAGUAUGUAUGUGAAUAUGCCAACAUGUAUACAUCCAUUCUAAAUUAAUGGACGUUUGAAUUCCAGUCGGAGCUGGUGAUUACGAAUAAUGCUGCUAAGAACAUUGUCAUUUUCUUGGGCAUGUACCCAGAAUUGGCUUGCGGGCUCACAGGGUGUAUUUAUGGUUAGCUUAGUAAAUGUUGCCAGUUUAUGCUCCUACCAGCAAUGUAUGAGGGUUUCAGUUGUCCAGUUAUUAACACUAUUAUCAAUCCUUGUCAUUUUAGCCUAUCUGGUUGACAGUUCACAAAUUUUGCUAUUUCUCAAGUGUGAAGUUGAAAAGUAGUAUUUAAUAAACACAAAUUACUUAAAA